AGUGCGCCUCGAGGUUGGAUGCAAACCGCUGAGAGGGGGCAAAAACAGAGGGAGAAGAAAAAUGGGUUUCAUUCACUGUUACUGACUGUGUUUAUUCUCUUACUAACUAACCGAGCUGUGUUGUUACUGUUCUUUUAAUCGGCUCUUUGUAUUCACAGAUAAAUAUAAGUCAUCCCAUUCACGCAACUUGACGUUGAAGCUUGAGUAACGCAGCUUUCGUCGUGGCUAACUCAUGAUAUCAAACUUAGCUGAGCUAGCUGUGUGGCUACCAGCGGUGUGUUGACCGAACAAGCCGUCGAGGCCUAGCGGAUCCUCGGUCUUUACUGCGGAGCCUCUACCGAAGACGAACACCUAACAUUUAUUCGGUUUUACCUCAGCAAGAGAACAGCUGCAUUGUGUUGUUGGGGGUAUCUCAGAUUCAAAAACAACCUGAAUAAAGAUGGAGGCUCCGCCAGUCACAGUGAUGCCUGUCACCGGGGGCACGAUCAAUAUGAUGGAGUACCUGCUGCAAGGCAGUGUGUUAGACCAGGCCCUGGAAAGCCUCUUGCAUCGCCUUCGAGGUCUGUGUGACAACAUGGAACCGGAGACCUUUACAGAUCAUGAACUGGUUUAUCUUCUGAAAGGCCAACAAGGAAAUCCUUUCAUUCUGCGUGCCCGUCGCUCACUCUCCCACCCCACAUCUCCAUGGCACCUACGUUACUUGGGCCAACCUGAAGUCGGAGACAAGAGCCGCCAUGCUCUGGUGCGCAACUGUGUGGACGUGGCUGGCUCUCACAGCCUGCCAGAGUUCCUCAAUGAGAUGGGCUUCCGCAUGGACCAUGAGUUUGUGGCUAAUGGGCACAUAUUCCGCAAAGGUGUAAUGAAAAUUGUGGUUAGUAAGCUGUCACGUAUCCUGGUACCGGGGAACACGGAGAACACAGAGCGUCUAUCGCUUUCAUACCUGGUGGAGCUGAGUGUGUUGGCUCCUGCCGGUCAGGACACUGUGUCAGAGGACAUGCGCAGCUUUGCUGAGCAACUCAAACCCCUGGUUCACCUGGAGAAGAUUGACCCCAGCAAACAGAGACACUGAAUGACAUUGUUUAGAGGGUCAACUCUGACUACCAUGGACAAAUCAUUACCCACCUCCUAUUUUUCAUUUUUUCUAUGAUAUUUUUACAUAAAAUUAAACACAAUGCAACUUUGA